CAGCUCUCGGGCCCGGUGCUCAGCACGGUGUGGGCCGGGCACCGGGACUUUGCUUUGCACGGGGUCUGUUCCCUGGUGGCUGGUUGGGCUGGAGGCUGCAGGGCCCCGCCAUGGACAGCUGGGCUCCUCUGGGCUGCAUCCCUGUGAGCUGCCCCUGGAUCUGGUGGUCACACACAGCCACAGUCCUGUAGCAGAACGUCUGGUGUGUGUUAAAGCCACAAGUCCCGCUGCGAUGCCGGGGGAGCGGCCCUGUGUGCAGCCCAUGUCGGGGCACAGCUCAGGGCAGACACAAAGAGCCGCAGGGGGAGCUGCCCUGGGCACCCUGACUGCACUGCACGGGCCCUGGGUUUCCACCUCAGCCUUUCCUUAUGGGAGAGAGCCCACACCGAGGUUAAUUAACACCACGUGCCCACAGGUAUCUUUGUGGCAGCCUUUGAUUCAUCUCUGUGCAUUGCAAAAAAUGAUUCUUAUUUUCCGGUUUAUUAAAUGGAGCGUAUAAAUCUAAGCCAAAGGUGCAGCUCCCUCUGUGCGACCGUCACGUGUGUUUCACAGCAGCACUUGCUGUGUGUUCUGCCCCAGUCCGGGGCCGCUCAGCACGUGGUUGUUGUGUGUAUCCGGGCAGAGCUGAACCGAGGGCCCACAACGUGGAGGGGGCUCAGGGCGGCUCUGAGGGGUCACAGCGCAGGAACACGAAGCUGUGGGGGUCGCUGAGGUUUGGCUGGAUGCGGCCAUGCAUUGCCAGGCGGGCACAUCAUUGAAACGUGUGGGAACUUCUGAAGAGUGUGUGACCGUGCAGAGCAGCUCAGAGCACCACGGCUGAACUGGUCGGACUUGAGAUAACGUCUCUUUUCCCGUUCAGAACAUCGCUGCUCGGCUUCGUUAAGGCGGCUGCGUUAAGACGUUCUGCUGCCGCUGCUCCCCUCUCCUUUCCCGCCGCCCAUCGCCCCCGUCCGGUACCGCACUCGGUUCCGCUCCGCUCGUUACCCGGCUCCGCUCCCGGCCGCGCUCUGCUCCCCGCUGCCGCCAGGGGGCGCUGCCGCCGCCCCGCGUCCCUGGUGACGGGAUGGCGGCGCCGCUGUGGAGCGCGGAGGCGGGCGGCGGCGUGUACCGCUCCCGGGACCCGGUGCGCAACCUGCGGCUGCGGGUCCACAUCCAGCGGGUAUCGGCCGCCGGGCCCGUCCCGCCGCAGGCCGCGCUGUCCCCGAGCGGCGGCCCCGAGGGGCUGGGGCUGAGCGCCCGAACCGGGCACGGGGCUGCGGGGCGACCCCCGGCCGAGGAGGAGAGCGCCGAGCUGGGAUGGCAGCAGAAGCUCUUCAGCCAGUUCGAGGUGGAUCUGUACCGACACGAGUCAGCCUGCCAGACUCCGCUGGACCGGCAGUACCACGAGGAGAUCCUGAAGCUGGACAGAGCCGGAGGGCGCAAGAACCGCCGCAUCUUCACCUACACCGAUCACGACCGGUUCACCAACAUGGAGGAGCACGGCCAGAAGGUGACUGACUCAGACUGUGAGGUGCCCUCGUACCUGGCGGAGAGGAUGGCCAAUGUGAGGAGGAGAAGACAGGACCGUAAACCGCUAGAUGGGAGUUCUCUCAAGUCAAAAAUCAUCACCUGGGAGCCCUCGGAAGAGUUCAUAAAGAACAAUCACGUGAUUAACACUCCUGUUCAGACGAUGUACAUCAUGGCGGACUUGGGACCUUAUGGGAAGCUCGGACAGAAGGAAUACGAACACGUUCUUUGUACAGUCAAGGUGGAUGGCAAUGGGGUGAUCACAGUGAAGCCUGACUUUACUGGCACCAAAGGAGCCUACUGGAUCGAGCUGGGCGGACAGAAGCGAGAGCUGUGGAAAUACACCAUUGAAAAUGCAUCAGUGCAAGUGCAGCGAGAGGAGGAGGAGCGUGAGCAGCGAGUGUUCAGAGAUCUGUACAGUCGGCACAGGGAGUACCUCAGCAGCCUGGUAGGCUCAGAAUUUGAGACGACACUUCCUGGUACACUGCGGCUUUUAGUGAAUGGAGAAGUAGUUUCAGCUCAAGGCUAUGAGUAUGACAACCUUUAUGUCCAUUUCUUUCUAGAGCUGCCUAAACACUGGUCAAGCCCCGCAUUCCAGCAGCUGUCAGGAGUGACUCAGACCUGUGCCACCAAGACAGUGGGCUGGGAUAAUGUGGCACACUUCUGCUACCCCUUCACUUUGGAGAUGUUUUUCACCCAAGAGGACAAAUCAGAAGAAUGCCUCCUGCAUUGGCCCGUUCUCUACUUCGAGGUUCUGUCCCUGGAUUUCUGGCAGAGGUAUCGUGUCGAAGGUUAUGGUUCUGUUGUGCUGCCAACAUCUCCAGGUCUCCACGUGCUCACCAUCCCGACCUGGCGCCCUGUAGAGCUGGGUACAGUUGCUGAGAUGAGGAGAUUUUUCAUCGGUGGGUCUCCUGAGCUGGAGGACGUGACCUAUGCCAGGAUACCAACAACCUUCAAGGGAAAGCAUCUGAGCCGCUUUGGUUUUCGCACAAAGACAACAGGGAAUGUCACGUUCCGGCUUUACUGCCUGCAGCAAUCCAAAGCCUUUCUGGAAACUAAUGCCCUGAGGCAUCGCAUGCAGAGCGUUCUGGACCGGCUUGGAGGCCUCAGCCAGCAGAGCUCUGUCUACAAUGUUCUGGAGGCUUUCCAUCGGGCUCGGCGGCGGAUGCAGGAGGCCCGUGAGAGCCUUCCCCAGGACCUCAUCAGCACUUCUGCCUCCAGUGUGUGGAAGAACCCUGACUGACAGACUGACAGACCGACAGCCUCACUGCCUCUGGCCUGGGGGCAGCCCACAUCUCUCUGACAGAAGCUCCCAGUGCCCUGAAGCUCUUUGAGGCCCUUCCUUUGCAGACAGGGGCAGAGAUGCUGCCCUAUGUCUCUCUAUAGCACAUCCAUACUGAGAAUCGUUUCCACAGGUGCGCUGUUUGAAGGCAUUUUGUUACCAGGCCUUGAUGUUAGAGCCAGUUGUUCAUGUUUCUGCUGAGCUGACUAAAAUACUGACAUGAGACACGUGAGCUUUUUGAAUAUUGAAUUGUAGGCAAUGAGAAAAUUUUCAAGUCUACUUGACUUGAUAGAUUUACUUUUCUUCUUAAAGAAGAGGGUUAUGUUGAAGGUCAGGGCAUGAAUGUUGUUUGAGAUUUAAUUAACUGAGUAGUGAACUUACUGAUAGUUACCAUCAGCAUUUGAAGCUUUAGGUCAGUUUUCAGUAAAAUGAAUCUGACCACCUGA